AUGCCCGUGAACCUCUCGCGCGCUUCAACCACACAAGCUAUCCAGGCCACCCGACCGAUCUACUCCUAUACAGACCACUCCCCCUCCCCUACCGUACACUACAUCAGGACAGCCACUGAACUCAACGGUGCUCUCACAGACUUUGAAGGACCGUACGGAUUCGACUGCGAGUACAAGGCUUUGCCUGUUCCGGGCCGUACCGCGUUGGUGCAACUCAGCAAUGCUUCCAGAAUCUUGCUCAUACAACUCUCGGCUUUCACUGUGUUCCCGGAGAAGCUAAAGACCAUCCUCGAAGACCCCUCAAUUAAAAAGAUAGGCCACUACACUGAGGCUGACGGAGCCAAGCUUCGCGACGACUACGGUAUACUCCCCAAGAGCUUGAUCAACCUGAUGCCCCUAGCGCGCCAGAUAGAUCCAGGCUUCCUCGCAUUACACCCUCCACGACGCAACGUCACGCUCGCGCAGAUAGUGCUGUACUAUCUCGACCGUACGCUACCGAAGGGACCUGUCCGCGUGAGCAACUGGGAGUUGAACCCUUUGACUCAAGCUCAGCGAGAAUACGCUGCGAGCGACGCGUACUGUGCGUAUGAAGUAUACAUGCGUCUCAUGACUCUACAGGAGCAGAACGACCCUACACUCGACCCAUCCAAGUAUACCAUCAACAUCGAGCCUCGCGCCGCACCUCCUCCAACGAUACCGCCCGGAAAGUACUACCUCGAGCGAAAUAAUCCCAGAUUGAGCAAGUUCGAGUUCGACGCGUAUAUGCUGUGGUAUCAUGGAUAUACUGCUGCUGAGAUCUUGAAGACGUUCGGAACUAUGUUUCCUAUGGAGCGUAUGCGUGGGUACUUCGACGGGGAGGGCGCUAUCAUAGCCUUCAUCGUGGCUGCACUCAGGAAAGACACUUCCUUGCCAUUUGAUCCGAUUGCACUGCGCGACAUGAUCGACGCAGAUGAAGAAUCUCGGGAGACGCAUAGCGCCUUCCUCGAGCACCGCUGUCCAGCACCGGCGGACAAGUCUCCCGAUCCUCCGGAAACGCCACAAGCCGAGGUUGAACCGACAGCCGUAACGCAACAGAAGCGGAAGCGCGAAGCAAGCGCCAGCGACAAAGACCUGAGUCGUCAACCCGAAGAACAUUCGCGAGAGGCUACACCCACAGAGGACUAUGCCGAUACCACACCUACGCCUGCGGACAAACCCGCGGAGAACGCUGCGAAGCCCGUCAAGCGCUCGCGUACCAUGUAG